AUCAGUCCAUCUUCAUUACUCAUUAAAAGUAGAAAAAGGAUAAACUGAUGUUGAUAGCGCUAAUAGUGUCUCUCCGAACGCAUCCCUUGCAUACACAUAUCUACAUAACAGUCAGUGUAGUAAAACCAAUGAAAGAGAGCGACGCUUUUUUCUGCCAGAUUCGUUCGUUUGAACCAAAUCGCGUCGAAUAAGCACAACUACAUCGAUAUUUGAAUAUGAAUGCCUAAAUUGAAUAAUUACCCUCUUUGUGUGUAAAAAGCUGAUUUUUUUACCAUAUAAACAUGUUACGAAUAUUUGGCACCACGAAUCCUAAAAAAUGUACUCUCAGCUGUCACUUUCACCUGGUGUGUGCAUGUGCUUCAACAGAGAGUAACAAAGGAUUCUCUGAGAAGUUAGCAAAUGGUCCACAAUUUGAAGAGUUCCUUAAGAAAGAUGUUGAGUAUGAUGGCAAAUUAAAGUUGAAAAUAGGUGAAUCGGGACGGUUGAGAUUGCCACCUUGGUUAAAAACAGAGAUACCUAUGGGUAAAAGUUACAGCAAGAUUAAAGCACAACUGAGGCAAUUACAGCUGAGCACAGUUUGCGAGGAGGCCAGGUGUCCCAACAUUGGAGAAUGUUGGGGUGGAGGUAGUCAUGGCACAGCAACAGCUACAAUUAUGCUAAUGGGGGACACGUGCACUCGUGGCUGUCGCUUCUGCUCCGUUAAAACUGCACGUAAACCAUCGCCAUUGAACGCAGAAGAGCCAAUCAAUACCGCUAGUGCAAUAGCAGAGUGGAGUCUGGAUUAUGUCGUUUUAACAUCCGUGGAUCGAGAUGAUUUAAAGGACGGUGGAGCUAGUCAUAUCGCAACUACCGUUAAGGAAAUAAAAAAGAGGAGCAGUAUCCUAGUAGAAUGUUUGGUACCGGACUUCAGAGGUGAUGAAGAUUGCAUCGCUACGAUUGUAAAUUCUAAUCUGGACGUGUUUGCACAUAACAUUGAGACAGUGGAGCGUCUAACACCCUUCGUCCGUGAUAUGCGCGCUCAGUAUAGGCAGUCGCUAGCCGUACUAAAAGCAGCUAAAAAGUUCAACUCCAAUUUAAUCACAAAGUCAUCGAUAAUGCUGGGAUUGGGCGAGACUGACCAGGAAAUUGAGCAGACUUUGCAAGAUUUGAGAAACGCCAAUGUGGACGCGGUAACAUUGGGACAGUACAUGCAACCCACAAAGAGACACUUGAAAGUUGUCGAAUACAUAACACCCGAGAAAUUUAAGACAUGGGAAAAUGUAGGAAAUCAACUGGGCUUCUUAUAUACGGCCAGCGGUCCCUUAGUUCGAUCAUCUUACAAGGCUGGAGAAUAUUUCUUGACAAAUAUACUAAAACAACGGAAAAAACAGCAAAUUGGUGACCAUACUACAUCAUGAAUGAAAGAUAUUGUGGUGUAGAUCUAAAUAUUUAGUUGAGAUACAAUAGGAUAUAAGCAAUAAAUUCACAGAUACUGUAAAAAGAAAACUGCCGCAUUUUAGUGACAAAAUGAUGGCAUAUUAUUGUUGAUAGAUUGAUAAUAAAUAGUCAUCUAUUUAGAUUUUACAAAAUUAAAUUUUAAUCGCAAAAUGCAGCUCUGUAUUAUAUAUAAAUUGAAUGCAAAUAAAAUUUAUAUUAUUCAA